ACAAUGCUCUGCGCCGCAAUCCUGACAUUUGCGUGCACGUUCGCCGCGGCACAAACUAACGUAAAUAUAGAUAGUAAAGUUUUACAACGACUAGCCUCACUUUUAGACUCUAACAGGACAUUAGACACUCGCGAACUAGGCUUACUAAAUCGCACAGCGGCUAAUUUUGGGUUUGAUAAUGACAUUGUGAGGAAUUUGACUAAAUUAGUGAGGGAUACGGAUGUGAGUGAUAAUGCAGGGUCGUAUGCUUAUGAAGAGGGCAGGAAAGACCCUGAGGAGCCGCCGGUGGAGAAGUCACCAGAUUACGCGUCGUCGGUUGUGUUAGCAAGUGAUCUUCUGUCGUUGACUUCUGCUGUGGCAAGAGUGAAGGAGAGAGCAUGCAGGGAGCAGGGAUACAAGUUUUUGGACGGUCUCUUGUUGAACAAGAGAUUCGCUUUGCAGAUGUUCGACGCGUCAGCUAAAUCUCCUCAAGGUCUGCUCUUUGGUUCUUCGUACCACCUCGGAAACUUCGAUGAGUGUGUGGAAAUCAGCGACAAAUUAGACAAGAAUCUACCUAUAGAAGGACAGUACUGUCUUGCUGCUAUCAAAUGGAGGGAAUCCGAAGAAGCCAAAAAGGUGCGAACGGGCCGCGGCGAGAUCCUCCGCUGGGCAGUCUGCGUCCCCAAUGCCUGCCAGGCUAAUGCUGUACAGGAAUUUGUAACCGAUGUUCUGUCUCACACGGUCGGCAAUUCAACUUCGGUGGAACUGACUGAGAGAGACUGUUAUCUGAGGCGACCUGUCGUCGUCAAACCUUUGGAUGUGGCUUUUUUGGCCAUCUGCCUUUUCUUCGGAAGUAUUCUCCUCAUGAGCACCCUUUAUGAGAUUUACUCUAUCAAGUGGGGCAGCGAAAAGAGUUCUAUAAUUCACGACCUCAUCGUCUCCUUCUCUGUCAUCCAUAACAUCAAGAAGAUUAUCUCUACGAAACAGAAUAAUACUCUGGGAUUGGAAUGUGUCACUGGCAUUAAAAGUUUUGCUAUGAUCUUCAUCGUGGCUGGCCACGCUUGUAUGUUCAUUGCUAGUGGACCUGUUAUGAAUCCUGAUGCUUGGGACAAGUUACUACGGCAACCGGUAAACUCACUGAUGUUGAGCAACCAUCUUCUGGUCGAUACCUUUCUCUUCCUGAGUGCCUUCCUCUUCAGCCGCCUACUUCUCAUUGAGCUGGACAAGAGGAGAGGGAAAUUAAACGUCAUUCCUAUUUUGGUCUUCCGAUAUAUUAGGGUGACUCCAGCUUACCUGAUAGUAAUUCUGUUCUACAUGACAUGGCUCCCAAAGAUAGGGGAAGGUCCACUUUGGGAAGACAGGAUUCUGCUUGAGCAGGAACGGUGUAUGGACUCAUGGUGGGCGAACAUCCUGUACAUAAACAACUAUGUGAAUACAGACAAAAUUUGCAUGUUCCAAUCUUGGUACCUCUCCGUGGACACCCAGCUAUUCUUCAUCGCCCCCAUCUUCAUAUACAGCCUCUGGCGGUGGAGUCGGGUCGGCCCCAUCUUCUUAGGUCUCAGCAUAGUGGUGACCCUCGCAGUACCCUCUGUGAUAACGUACAUGGAUCGGCUAGAUCCAACUAUAUUAUUCUAUGCCAAAGAAUUUACCGACUUCGCUGGUAAUUACUACUUUAAGGAAGCAUAUAUCAAAACUCAUAUGAAAAUGGUCACGUACUUUAUGGGUAUACUGACGGGAUAUAUUUUGCACCGGAUACAGUCUGAGAACUAUUCCCUCUCCCGAACUCUCAAAGUGUUCGCGUGGAUCACCAGCAUAGUCCUGGGCUCAGUGACCAUCUUCUCAAUAUCGGUGUUCUACCAGGACUGGUACGAAUACAACGUGGUAGAAGCCGCAGCGUAUAUAUCUCUGCACAAACUUGCGUGGGGUAUUGCCAACGGAUGGCUGAUUGUGGCAUGUGCGACUGGGUGUGGUGGUUGGCUGGCCACUUUGCUGAAAUGGAAAUUCCUUGUGCCAAUAUCAAGGCUGACCUUCUGUGCGUACUUAGUGAACGGCAUUGUCGAGUUGUACUACGUUGGGCAACUUAGGCAUCCUAUGCACGUUACUAUAUUCACUAUUACGGCGAAUGCAAUUUCUCAUAUGGUGCUGACAUUUUUACUUGCCUGCAUACUUUGUAUCACAUUUGAAUCGCCCAUUCACGGAAUUGAGAAAAUUCUGCUUAGAACUUUGGCCCGUCCUGUGCUCAGUGACAACGCCGUCAGAGAUCAGUCGCAAUCAUCGAGAAAUACUAGUCAAUCAAAACUAGAAUCGUAGCAUAGUCAUAGUUUUAGCAUUAAUUGUAUUAUUAAGUAGGAUAAUCAUAUAAAUUUGAAUUAUAAAAUGACAAUAGAAACGUGUCGUGGUGUUGCA